ACCGGUCGAGGAACCAAAGCCUCCCUCCAAUGGCGUCGCCUUCUCCGAAGCAGUUACCAAACCAAAAUCUGAAAUCUGCAGCAACAGCAGCAGAGCAGUUUUCACGCAGUUGCAGUUCAACCAUAUGCCACCUUCCUUCCAUCGCAAACUAUACUUCAUGAAAACUCUCAGAAAGACCUGUCCCGUCUUCCCCACGCCCCAUCGUCUCCCCACCAACAGUCUCUCUUCUCCAUCCCUAAUUCCCCACCCCAACGCCGAAAUCACAUGCCUCCACACUCACAAUUCUUCGCCAAAUCGUCCAUCGUUUGCCUAUUUAUCGUCGAAGAAUGGAUUCCGCUCCGCCGAAUUACCCAAAUUCAUUUCCCCAAUGGCGCAGAAAUUCAGCCAGAGAAGACGAUUCUCAUCCCCCACGUCAUCGGGUCCUUUCGUUUCAGAUCCAAUCGCUGUUGUCUCCACCGUCAAUUCCCCGAGCUCCGCCCCCAUCGACGCUGGCUCUUCGAUGCGAAAGCCGAUCAGUCUCUGGCCGGGAAUGUACCAUUCGCCGGUGACCAACGCGCUGUGGGAAGCCAGAUCGAGCAUUUUUGAGAAGCCUCCGAGUGCUCCUGAGAGCGCUCCUGUACAGAACGAAUUGAUCGUGAAAACUCCGUCGAGGAGCAGGACAAGCGUGCUGUAUAAGUUCUCUAGUGAUUACAGUCUGAGAGAGCAGUACAGAAAUCCAUGGAAUGAGAUCAGGCUCGGGAAGCUGCUGGAGGAUCUCGAUGCUUUGGCAGGAACUAUAUCCUUUAAGCAUUGUUGCAAUGAAGAUAGCUCGACAAGGCCAUUGAUAUUGGUUACAGCUUCAGUGGACAAGAUGGUCCUAAGAAAACCAAUUCAGGUCGAUGCUGACCUCACGAUCGAAGGAGCUGUCACUUGGGUCGGCCGGUCGUCCAUGGAGAUUCUACUCGAAGUGACUCAGUCAUCUGAAGAACUCGACUCCUCAGAUGCAGUCGCUCUGACAGCAAACUUCACGUUCGUUGCUCGCGAUUCCAAGACCGGAAAAUCUGCUGUAAUAAACCAGAUCUCUCCCGAAACAGAGAAGGAAAAGUUCCUCUGGGAACAAGCCGAGGAACGAAACAACCUGAGGAGGAAGAAGAGAGGAGAGCAAAAGAAAGAAGUCAGCGAUGAGGAAAUGAAGAGGCUCGAUGAAUUGCUGUCCGAGAGCCGAGUGUUCUGCGACAUGCCGGCAUUAGCAGAUCGGGACAGCAUUCUCAUAAAGGAUACUUGCCUUCAGAACUCUUUAAUUUGUCAGCCGCAGCAAAGGAACAUCCAUGGAAGAAUCUUUGGAGGAUUCUUGAUGCGACGAGCCUUUGAGUUAGCCUACUCGACUGCUUACGCCUUUGCCGGGAGUCAGCCUGUUUUCGUUGAAGUUGAUCACGUCGAUUUCCUUAAACCCGUCGAUGUCGGGAACUUCCUACGCUUCAAUUCUUGCGUGUUGUAUACAGAACUCGAGAAUCCGGAGAGUCCUAUGAUCAACGUGGAAGUUGUCGCUCAUGUUAUGAAGCCGGAGCUUCGAUCCAGUCAGGUAUCGAACAAAUUCUACUUCACGUUCACCGUGCACCCCGAUGCUCGGAAAAAUGGGCAUAGGAUACGGAAUGUUGUUCCUGCGACUGAAGAGGAAGCCCUGCGCGUCAUCGAGCGCAUGGAAGCCGAGAAAUCAUGGAAUAACUGAAUUGACUUCGAGAUUUCUUCCGCCUUCGGAGGUUCCACGAGGUAACAUUUAACAUAAGCGAGUUUCCGCAUCAUUUGCGCCGUCGUCGUUGCAGCUAAUAAUCAUAUAUGUAGAACUAGCCACUGGUGUUGCCUAUUUUUCGACAGAAUGCAGCACGAUUCAAGUUAGACAAAAGCUUCGACACUCCAUUCGACUAUUUAACAGCUCUAAACAGAAAACAGAAAUGACACUCGCGAAUCAAUACCAAUAAAACAAUAAUCAUAUCUAACUUGGUCGAUUAGGACAUAUAUAUUACAUUAUUACAUACAAGAUUUAACCCAAAUGUACGAAUAUCUACUAAAGUAAAGUCACAUAUGGAGGGAUAUGUUUUUGAUGUUUUUUUUUACACAAA